AUGUCCAUAACAGCUUCAAACGCUAAACCAGUGACAGGCAGUGGCCUAGAUUCCAAUCCUUAUAUUACACCCACGAGUGCUAUACGCUUCGGACCUAACCCAUUUACGCAUUCAAUUAUCGACCACGAUACAACAAAUACCAUUAAUACUCCACCUAGACCUUUCGAACAUCAGUAUACUCCCACUUCUUCAUCGCCUUUAGCACAACCCGAAAUGUUUGACGAGACAGAAGAACCUGUGCUCGCCGAGUUACUUCCAAUCCACCAACAACCUACACCACAACGUUUAAGCUAUUACAAUAAUGGCUUUGGCCAUUCACAAAGCAACAGUCAUUUACGAAGCAAAUCGGAGUCUGCCGCGCCUUUACCACCAACAGCGACUCCAAGAGAACAAAGACGCAUGCGUGUUGAGAAUAAUCGAAAAAAACAAUUUAUUGAUAAAAUUGAUCAAUUAGAUUUAAGUAAUAUUUAUGGCGGAACAACCUUGCAUCAUGAAAGUCCAUAUGAUUGUGUUUUACCAUACAGAAAUAAUAAUGCGCAAGCACCAGUAUUAGCAUUCCAACAAAGUGACGAAAAAAACCACAAUGAAUUAAGACCGUCAUCCCAACCGAGUCGGCGAUUCAACCAAGAUGCUAAUCCAUUAUCCAGGUCAUACAACGGCGAGAAUCACAAUGAAGUGUAUCGUACCUAUAAUAAUCAUCGAUAUACCGCUUAUGAUCCGCUACAGUAUAUGGAUAGUUUCUUGGAAGGGUCAACCGCAUACGGCGUGCAUCCAGAGGACAAAGAAGUCAUAGAGAAACGAGGAAGCAGAUUACGGAAAAAAUUGAGUUUAAGGAAAAAGAAUAAAGAUGGAGAAUAUGUGGAAGUGGAAGAUGAUUCCAAUGAGAAGAAACCUUCUUCACCCACCUUUUCAAGAGCUUCAUCGUCAUCUGGAGAAGAAACUACAAAACGUUACACUGGAUUAAUAGCUCCAACCCAAUUAUUCAAUAGAUUCCGACGUGCAUCAAGUGAGAGUAUUUUCUCUAAUAAUACUUUGCAGAAACAUGGACGAUCAACUAGCGAAAGUAACCUCAAAUCGAGUCAAGCUAAUAAUUCUCCAUUGCAACCGAUUCAACCUCGAUCUCAACAACAACCUCCAUUACCCGUGCCAGCAUUUGAUUUCUCAAUACAAGAUGAAAAUAACAACCAGCUUCAUGAAUCACAGCCAAGCACCACACCACAAUCUCCGAAAAAACCAUCAUCCAAGAAUGAUCAACAUUUUGGCGAACAUCUUCGACCACCGAGCUCCAAAAAAAAAGGGAAUAAUCGUACUUCUUGGAUGCAAAGAAUUACGAGUAUCGGUCGAUGA